AAAAAAAAACACACAGCUCUUGCUCGCCUCCCACACACACGAGUCCCUUAUGCUUAAAAAAAAAAAAAUCUCUCAAUUGCCUUUCUUGGUCCUACGCGGGGCGGCAGAGCGACUGUUUUUUUGUUGUUGUUCCGCCUCUGGGUCAAAAACCUGCCGGUUUUUUCUCUCCAAUGCGAGGACUAUACUGGGAGCGACACGUUGAAAGGGAGAUUUAAUUUAGACCGACGGCCCCCGCAGCCACUCACAACCAGGGAACCAAUAGCCGGGGUUUAGCCUUACCAAGGCGGGACCCGAGCCUCUUGUUUGUGAAACAAGCGAAGGAGCCACACUCGCUAUAAUAUAACACGCACGGCUGAGAGGUGAUGCGCUGCAGGGAGAAGCAAAGGUAUUGCGAGGCUUAAAACAAAAAAACACAAAAAACAACGUGGGGAAUAGUUUUCUGCUAUAUGAUUCACAUCUCUAAAUGCAGCGGGGCUGAAGACCGAAUUGUUCAAAGCGACGAGUGCUGACGUUAAAGAAGGCACGGUAAUAUACGAACAGAUGGGAUCCGGGUGCACUUUCGCGUUUCUGUGUGUCUGUGGUGAUCGAUGUUGUUUUCUGAGCACACGAACGGAGUUGGUUGGGCUAAGAUGACAGGAAAGGGACUGAAACGCAAGCUCCCGGAAGAGGGUGAUCUCCCUGAAGGCGCCACGGUUCAGAAGGGCAGUGGCUUGUACUCAGCGCAGCGCCAGUCAGUCCUCAACAUCUCCCUGGACAAGUACAACCGCGGGCAGAGGCUGCUGGAGCCCAGCCUUCGUCGCUCCGUCCUCAUCGCCAACACCCUGCGGCAAAUCCAAGAAGAGAUCAGGCAGGAGGCGAGCGACUCCGGCACGCCACAGAUCAGCACCCCACCCGUCGCUCAGGUCUCUCCCCUCUCCGAAUCCAGCAGCCUCAAAGAGGCCCUGCCCACUCCCACGCCUCCGUCGCGACUGUCGAUGGAGAACCAUCCUAUGGGGCUGGGGGACAGCGAUGACUGGACGCUGCUGUCGUCCGAGGAAGAUUUCUCUUUGUCUUCGGCCAUUUCCUCCUUGCUCAAGGAGCUGGAUGUGGUGAUUGACGGGAGUCCCGCCCCCAGUCCUCAGCGCACGCCCCUGGGAUCGAUUGAAAACCUGGAAACGGAGAAGGCAGACAAACAAGAGCCCUGCAGGGCGGAGAGCAAGCACGGGGGCUGCCCCGAAGGCUGCAGGCCAUCCGAGACGGUGUUCGGAAACUUGGAAAUCAUGAGCUCCAGCUACCUCUGUGACGUGGCGCUCGACGAUCUGUUUUUGGACAUCGACACCUCGGUUUACGAGCGCGAGGCCGGCUCACUGGGCAGCAGGACUUUGUCGUCCGCGGCGAGCGACGAGUUUCUCAAGUAUCUGCCCUCCUGCCACCCCUCGUCUUUUUCCAUGAAUCCCAACGCCAGGGAUUUGAACGAACUGGAGCACAUCAUGGAAAUACUGGUGGGGUCCUGAUGAACCUUUUGCAAGCAGAUAGUUGGGUUUCAUGGGGGGUAGGGGUACUUUUUUUAUUUUAUGAAAUGAAACAUUGGGUCUGAAAAAACAAAAAAAUUACGCAAUCAAUUGUCUUCCGUGAAGAUUUAGUUUUGUUUUUAAUAUAACUCCUAAAAACUCUUUUAAUAUAACUAAAACCUCUUGUAACUUGUAAGGCCUUAUUGUACUAAGCAACUAAUUUAUAAUACUGGACUAAUGAGCCUAAGAUUUCCUGUAGAGAAUCAACUGUAACCGGAAUGUCUAUCGCUAACCAUCACAGAACUCAAAACUACCUCUGUUUGUUUUAUUUAUUUAUUUGUUUGUUUGUUUUAUUUACCCUCAGCACCAGCUAUACCAAGCAGAACAUUUUCCUGCAGUUUCAUAAGUGUUGCUAAAAGAAAAGGAUUAGUUUAUUACAAUGUAAUGGUCAAUAUUCCGAAUUCCGUCAAAGCGCGAUGUUUUCCAAACGGUUUAUGAAACUGAUGUUCUGUUUUCAACCAGAUCUGGUCUAUUUUAUCUGCCGUUGGUACUCCCAUAAACCUUUUCAAUUGAUAUAAACAGGAUUACUUUAGCGAUUUAACCCAUCGUCUGUUGGAGACUGUAAUUGAUUAUCUUUGAUUCCAGUUCUGUUCUGUGAAAUCUGUAGGAAAGGGUUGGUCAGCAUUGUGCACCCUACCUCAUCCAUUGGGUAAUAUUAUAUACACCGUUAUGAUCCUGCACGUGUUUGCAGCAUUUGACGCGGCAAAUGGCUUACGAGAGCAAGAGAGCAAGGGAGACCAAUAGCCACAGGCCUACAAAAAUAAUAUUGAAAUGGAAAGUGGAACUGCAGAAAAAGGUGCAGAGAGAAUAUAUAUAUAUAUAAUAUAUAUAUUCAUUCAU